AUGGCCAUUUUACACUUAUCGUUUUUGGAUUUUGGAAAUGCUUUUAUUUCCUAAUUUUUCGCCGCAUCGAACUCCUUGAGAAGAAACACGAAAAGUUUUGCUUUGACAAUUUUAAUUUCAAAAGGGCAAUCAUUGCAGUCGCUUCAAAUUGCGUCGAAGAUCGAUCUUUUGAUAUAAUUAUUGUCUGUUUUCACAAAUGUUAAGUAAACAGGAGCAAUAUUGACGUUUGAACGAUGGAGAGAGUAAAAGUUUGCAACAGCUCGAAUGCAUUGUUCAGUUGCUCUCGUGGACUUCCAAGUUUACCUCCAUUACCUCCCACUGUUGAAGCACCGUCAGACUUAUAUAAGGCAGCACUUAGUUGGCGACAGUUGGGUGUACUGUAUACUGCAAAGAAAGAGAAAAAAAGCGCAACUUUCAGUGGUGGAUAUAGGAUUGUCGUUCGACAUAGCGAGUAUCCUCCAAUAAUGAAGGACAAGUCUUGGACCCAGGCUGCACCAUACAAAGAAACCAUGUAUCAUAGGACACCCAGUGAAUCCAUUGCAAAUAACUACACGCCAACUGCGAAAGAACUUAAGAUAAGAAAUCUGGGAAAAAUAUAUCAGCCAAGACCACACACUAGAGCAGCAAGUCAACCUUCUCGUGAUGUUGGUCAUCUUGCUGGACAACGACCACGAACUCACUAUCGUAGUAAGUCUGUUGGAAGGAAACCAAGCCUUAAAGAGGAACGCAAAAUUCUUCCUCCAAGCAGAGCCAUUACUCCUGUGGAACAAUUAAAAAUGAUUCGUAAAUUGGAGCAAAGUACCGAACGUUGCUCGUUAGACGAUAAAUGCGGACCUUCGAAGCAGGAUCUUAAGCGCUAUCAUUACUACAUCGAUAAAGGUGUGCGCAUAGAAUGUCUGGCAAAAUGCGAUCCUGCGAUAAUGCGACGAGUAUUAAACGACAAAAUUCCCACGAAGUUGAAGUCCAACGUUGAUCUCGACAUUUUACUGAAUUCGUUACUUGAGGAAAUCAAGGAAGACUACAACUUUAGCAGCAGGAAAGCGAUCGUUGACUAUAUUCUCAUGGAUCCGUCAGAAAGGGUUCGUCUCAAGAUUAACGCCAUCCCUAAAUCUUUUGCCCAGCGAACCAUUCGGGCUCCAGUACCAUGGCACGAUUCCUAUAUAAAAGCAAAGGAUUUCACCAUAAAAUAUGCUUUUACAACAAAUCCUGUAAUGAUGGAAAUACAGAAUGUAUGGACAAACAGGUUUUCUCAUGUACGUUUUGUCGAUGAUGACGAACUUCGUGCGUCUGGGUUACCUGUUGCCCCAGGAGAAUUUCAAGAGCUCGUAAGACAGCAGUGUAUGCGUACACGUGACUUCCUCAAGAAAACUUGGGUGAGCGAAUGUUCCCGAGUCUUGCUCGAAAGCAAAAAUCAUUGGAUGCAUCUUGUACCCGCUCGCGAAGGUGACUCCUCCGCUCUCAUUUGGAAAUUCUUUUCUUCCGUCGCAUCCCUCAUGUCCAUACAGCUGCGCAGUCUUGUUCUCAAUUCCUUGAAAGAUUUCUUGGAUUUCUUCAAAUUGUUUCAAAAUGGCAAUGAUUUUGGAGAAACUUUCCAUGAUCUUCAAUAUGUAUCUCAGCAGAUUAUGACGUUCCAGCUCCGCAUCGAUGGAGCAAAAAUUAGUUUUGAGCCAACGUUCCGUGUGAUCCGUGAAAUGAUACUAACAUUGAUGUCAGAAAUCGUGACUAGUGCCCAAGAAUUACCACGGGUGGAAACAGAGCUGUUUCCCGACAUGGCCGACUGUCAGUUGUAUUUACGAACUGUCGAUGUUGAUGAUUUAAUUGUGCAGGAAAUCAUGCAAGAAGCUGUUGAGAUUUUUAACUUGAAUACGACUGGCCCUCAAAAAUACCUGAAUACGUACAAGAAAUAUCAAGAUUUAUUAAAUGAAAAAGCUGAGAUUGAAGUGGCAACAUUUCUCGAAGAACAAACGGCUCUGUUAUCGUUCGCCAAAAAGAUCUGUUUUUAUCACGAGCUCGCCUCAGAAAUAUCCUCAUUGUACCUCACGGUCCCGUUGAACAUGUUCUCCAUCAACUGUCAAGAUGUGAACUAUGAACUUGCUAGCAGAGCGUCAAAACUUGCUGAUAAAUUGAUCUUACACAUCGUGGACAGCAAUCGAGAGGUCAAUAGGGGGAUUUGCAAGCUGUACGACGAAAUCUCUGAUAAAGUUCAGCAGAUGCCCAACAACACAGCGGAUCUUGUUGCCUUGACGCAGUACGUUGAACAAGCUAGUACGGCUCUUGUUAUGAAGCUGCAAAUGUCUGUUGAUGAAGCCGCUGAAAGACUCCAAUUUCUUUUAGAUUAUGCUACUUUAUCAUUUGAGGACAUUAAGUUGAAUUCAACAGUGUUUCACUGGCCUCGUCAUAUUCAGAAAAUUUUUGAACUUAGUCGAAAUAGAAUCGGGCAUCGUCGUGACCUUGCAAUGGAUGACCUAAAGAAAAGGGUGAAGGCAUUCGAAGAGAAGUUAAGUGGAUACCAUAAAGAGGUUGAAGCUUUUCGUAAAAAAGAAAUUUUGGCCAUUGACGAAAUGACGAAAAACGUUGAAAAAUUGGAUGAAAUUGAGGUGUCUUUAAGCAGUGCACGUGAUGAACUAGAGGAACUCAAUAAAGAAGAGGAAUUACUGGAGUGGCAACCGUCCCAGUUUCCUGUUCUUCAGGAAAUGAUUGCUAACAAAGAUCCGUUUGACAAAUUAUGGAGAACAGCGUACAAUUUUCACAGUAAACACGAGCAAUGGCUUAAUGGUCCAUUCAGCGAUGUCAACGCUGAGGAGGUAGAAGAAGAGGUUAGCACAAUGUGGCGUACCGUUUAUAAACUCACCAAAUCAUUCUCCGAUGUACCUGGCUCUAAGCGCAUUGCAGAGAGCGUGAAAAGCAAAAUCGAUAAAUUCAAAGCACAUCUACCUUUGCUCCAUACGAUAUGUAACCCCGGAAUUAGAGAUCGUCAUUGGGAUGAGAUGAGUGAGAUGGUUGGUUUUGAUAUCAAACCUGAAUCAGAUACGUCAUUGUGCAAUAUGUUGGAAUAUGGAUUGAACAAAGUUUUGGACAAAUUAGAAGAGAUCAGUGUGUCAGCAAGCAAGGAAUUUUCAUUGGAGAAAACUUUGGAGAAAAUGAAAUCAGAAUGGUCCGGGAUGCAUUUCGAGUUCACAAGCUACAGAGAUACGGGUGUGUCUAUCUUGUCUUCAGUCGAUGAUAUCCAAUUGUUACUGGAUGAUCAUGUUGUAAAGGCGCAGACUAUGAGUGGAUCACCUUUUAUCAAACCUUUUGAAGCUGAGAUUAAGGAAUGGGUCGAGAAGCUGAUUCUGAUGCAAGAUAUAAUUGAUGCAUGGUUAAAGUGUCAAGCGACGUGGUUGUAUCUCGAACCAAUCUUUAGUUCUGAAGACAUUAUGGCACAAAUGCCAGAGGAAGGACGUAAGUUUGGUAUUGUUGAUAGUUACUGGAGAGACAUAAUGAUGGAGUCCGUUAAGAAUACAAGCGUCCUGGUAGUGACUGGCCAAGCAAACAUGUUAGGGCGCUUAAGCGAGUCGAAUGUUCUCUUGGAGGAAAUCCAGAAGGGAUUGAAUGCAUAUCUUGAAAAGAAACAACUUUUCUUUCCGCGGUUUUUCUUCUUGUCCAAUGAUGAGCUGUUGGAGAUUCUUUCCGAAACAAAGGAUCCGUUACGUGUUCAACCUCAUCUAAAGAAAUGUUUUGAGGGAAUUUCCAAACUUGAGUUUACUGAUGAACAGGAAAUUGUGGGCAUGAUAAGUGCUGAAAAUGAAACUGUACCUUUCAGUACGACGAUCUAUCCUGCUAAAGCUAAGGGAAUGGUUGAGAAAUGGCUCAUUCAAGUUGAGGAUAUCAUGAUCAAGAGUUUGAUGAAAGUCGCUGAAGAAGCUGUUCUAGCGUAUUCCAACACACCGCGCGAAAGAUGGGUAAAGGAAUGGCCAGGACAGAUUAUUUUAGCGGUCAGUGGAAUAUACUGGACUAUGGACGUUUCCAAAGCUAUAACCGAAAAAGAUGGACUAAAGAACUAUUUGAAAUCGAGCAACGAUAUGUUGGAGAAGAUAGUUUUUCUUGUUCGUGGAAAACUUGACAAAGGAAUACGGGUUACUCUUGGAGCGCUUACUGUAGUUGAUGUACAUGCUCGUGAUGUCGUUGAGAAGAUGUACAAAGAUGGCGUCUGCGACACAAACGAUUUUCAAUGGCUUUCACAAUUGCGGUAUUACUUCGAAGAGAAAUCUGUUGUAGUUCGCAUGAUUACAACAGACAUCAACUACGGUUAUGAAUACCUUGGUAACAGUGGGAGACUAGUCAUCACACCCCUGACAGAUCGAUGUUACCGGACGUUGAUGGGAGCUCUGAAGUUGAACUUGGGAGGCGCACCCGAGGGGCCAGCCGGGACUGGCAAGACGGAAACGUCAAAAGAUCUUGCAAAAGCGGUUGCUAAGCAAUGCGUCGUCUUUAACUGUUCAGACGGACUUGACUUCAAAGCGAUGGGAAAGUUCUUUAAGGGAUUAGCACAGGCUGGAGCUUGGGCUUGUUUUGAUGAAUUCAACAGGAUUGAGUUGGAGGUGUUAUCGGUGGUAGCUCAACAGAUUCACACCAUACAAAAAGCCAUUGCAGCUCAGCUAAAGACCUUCAUCUUUGAAGGAACUGAGCUUGUUCUCAAUCCAACGUGCACCAUGUUUAUCACAAUGAAUCCCGGUUAUGCUGGACGGCAGGAGUUGCCCGAUAAUUUAAAGGUGUUAUUUAGAACGGUCGCUAUGAUGGUGCCUGAUUACGCGCUCAUUGCCGAAAUAUCUCUCUAUUCAAUGGGUUUUGUUGAUGCGAGAAGCCUUGCUCAAAAGAUCGUUGCAACUUACACGCUGUGCUCAGAGCAAUUGUCGUCCCAGUCUCAUUAUGAUUAUGGCAUGCGCGCGGUCAAGUCCGUCCUCACUGCGGCGGGAAAUCUUAAGUUGAAGUUCCCUGAAGAUGACGAAGCCGAGCUCAUUCUUCGCGCUAUUUUAGAAGUGAAUUUGGCGAAAUUUCUCUCUCAGGAUGUUCCGUUGUUUGAGGGAAUUAUAUCCGAUCUUUUUCCUGGUACUUCAUGGCCAAAUCCUGACUAUGGCGCACUCAAAGAGGCCCUGCACGAGAACUGUAGACUUCGUAAUCUGCAAGCAACUGACUGGUUUGUCAAAAAGAUCAUUCAGAUAUACGAAAUGAUGAUCGUUCGUCAUGGUUUUAUGAUAGUCGGUGAACCUUUAGGUGGAAAAACUAUGGCAAUGAAGGUCCUUGCAGACUCUCUUGCAGACAUGGAGAAAGCUGGCCUGCCUGAAAAUACGGUGAAAUACAUUGUUAUUAAUCCAAAAUCCGUAACUAUGGGUGAAUUAUACGGUAGCUUUGAUCCAACUUCCCACGAAUGGUCAGACGGUGUUCUUGCGAACAACUUCAGAGAACAGGCAGCAUCCACAACUGACGAUCGUAAAUGGAUCGUGUUUGAUGGUCCUGUUGAUGCAGUGUGGAUUGAAAAUAUGAACACCGUCUUGGAUGAUAAUAAGAAGCUGUGUCUCAUGAGUGGAGAGAUUAUUCAAAUGAGUGGCAAACAAAGUUUGAUAUUUGAACCGUCAGAUUUGGAACAAGCUUCACCAGCCACCGUCAGUCGUUGUGGCAUGAUAUAUCUAGAGCCACAUCAGCUUGGUUGGACACCAUUGCUUCAUUCUUACAUGAACACAUUACCAUCGUCGCUGGACAAGGAACAUAGAGAGCUUGUACAGUCUUUGUUUCUAUGGUUACUGGAACCAUGUCUUGAUUUCCUACGUCAUCAAUGUAAAUUCUUUGUUCAAACGUCACCCCUUCAUCUUACGUCAUCACUCAUGCGCUUAUAUACAUGUCUUAUGGAUGAAAUUGCUGGCCAGACUACUGCUGAAGGCGCUGAUAGGAUGUCAGGAGCACAGAUAAGUAGUUGGCUACUAGGAUUAUUUUUGUUCUCACUGGUCUGGGGUGUUGCUGGUACUAUUACUGGAGAUAGCAGAAAGAAAUUUGAUUCAUUCUUUCGAACGUUGAUCAGCGGCACUGAUAAGGAUCACCCGAAACCGAAGAAUAUUAAACUAAACAAACAAAACGUAUUCCCUGAUCUUGGUAUAGUUUAUGAUUACUACUUUGUCAAACAAGCUAGUGGAUCAUGGGGAAAAUGGAUGGAUUAUGUGGAUAAGAAAAAACUUGAUAUUCCGAAAAAUGCUAAGGUGAGCGAGCUGACCAUUCAAACUGCAGACACAGCUCGACAGACGUUUUUCUUGGAUACAUAUCUACCCAAUGAAAUCCCGCUACUUUUUGUCGGACCUACGGGCACUGGAAAGUCUGCCAUUACAAAUAAUUAUCUAGUUGGGUUACCCAAAGAAAAAUACAUUCCUAUUAAUAUCAACUUUUCGUCUCGGACAAGUGCUGGACAAACUCAGGAUAUUAUAAUGUCGAAACUUGAUAGACGCCGUAAGGGAGUAUAUGGUCCACCCCCCGGAAAGAAAUGUAUUGUGUUUGUUGAUGAUUUAAACAUGCCUGCACUGGAAAAAUACGGAGCUCAACCACCAAUAGAAUUACUUCGACAGUGGAUUGAUCAUCGUCAUUGGUACGAUAGAAAAGAUACGUCAAAAGUUGAACUCAUUGAUCUGUUGUUCGUAUCAGCGAUGGGUCCCCCUGGUGGUGGACGUAAUAACAUCACGGGACGUUUCACUAGACAUCUAAAUAUCGUUUCUAUUGAUAAAUUUGACGAUAAAACCCUUACGUCCAUAUUUACUUCCAUUGUUGACUGGCAUUUUGCAACAGGAUUUGAAGCAACAUUUCAACGACUUGGCAAGUUGGUCGUCCUUGCGACAUUACAGGUUUACAAGGCAGCUGUCGAGAAUUUUCUACCCACUCCCACCAAGUCGCAUUAUGUCUUCAACCUGCGUGACUUCGCGCGUGUCAUAUUUGGCGUGCUACUAGUGCCAGCCUCUCGUAUGCAAGAAAGCGACAAGCUAAUUCGACUGUGGAUUCAUGAAGUCUACCGAGUGUUCUACGAUCGUCUCAUCGACGACAAAGACCGUCAUUUCUUCUUCGACAUGAUGAAAAAUACAACAAAAGAUCAGCUGAAAGUUGACAUGAACAAAGUGGUAGCACAUCUUGUGCCACCAGGAGAGAAUCUUCACGAUGACCAUAUAAGAGGGUUAUUCUUUGGCGAUUACAUGAGUGGGGAUUCACCUGAGAAAAUCUAUGAUGAGAUAUCAGACUUUAGCUCUCUUACCUCUCAAAUGGAAACUUAUCUUGAAGAGUUCAAUCAAAUGAGCAAAGCACCAAUGUCUUUGGUUAUGUUUAAAUUUGCAAUUGAACAUAUUUCACGGGUUAGCCGAGUUUUAAAACAAGAUAAUGGUCAUCUUUUACUUGUUGGUAUUGGCGGCAGUGGUCGGCAAUGUGCAACUCGAUUGGCUGCUUUUAUGGCCGACUAUGAUUUAUUUCAAAUCGAAAUAACCAAGAGCUACACGAAGUCUGAGUGGAGGGAUGAUUUGAAACGAAUGUUAAUCAAGGCCGGUGUCAAUGGCAAGCCGACCGUGUUUUUGUUUAGUGAUAAUCAGAUCAAGGAGGAAUCGUUUGUCGAAGAUAUAAAUAUGAUCCUCAAUACUGGUGACGUUCCAAAUAUAUUCCCCGCUGAUGAGAAGGCAGAGCUCAUUGAUAAGAUGCAGAAUGUAGCUCGUGUUGAGGGUAAAAAGAUUGAUGCUACUCCUCUGGCGAUGUACACAUAUUUCAUAGACCGUGUUAAAGGGAAUCUCCACAUUGUGUUAGCCAUGAGUCCUAUUGGUGAUGCGUUUAGGAACAGGCUUCGCAUGUUUCCUUCUUUGAUCAACUGUUGUACAAUUGAUUGGUUUCAGGCGUGGCCAGAGGACGCUCUCGAAAUGGUCGCAAUUAAGUUCCUGGAAGAGGUCGAGAUGACAAAUGACGUUCGAAAGGAAUGUGUCUGGAUGUGUAAAUAUUUCCAUGAAAGUGUUCGCAAAACUUCAGAAAGAUACUAUGACGUUCUUCGACGUCACAACUACGUCACGCCGACAUCAUACCUAGAACUUAUCAUGACUUUCAAAGCUCUUCUUGGCGUGAAACAAAGCGAGAUCCUUGGUCUUCAGAACCGUUACGUAACUGGUCUUGAAAAGUUGCAAUUUGCCGCCUCGCAGGUGUCCGUCAUGCAGGAAGAACUGACUGCAUUACAACCUGAAUUGAUUCAAACUUCCGCAGAAACUGAAAAACUGAUGGUAAAAAUUGAGCAGGACACGGUUGAAGUGGAAGCCAAAAAAGAAGUGGUUGGGGCAGACGAGGCUGUAGCAAACGAAGCAGCCGCUGUUGCAAAAGGAAUUAAAGAUGAAUGCGAAGGUGAUUUAGCGGAAGCACUGCCAGCUCUUGAGUCUGCGAUACAAGCUUUAGAUACGUUGAAACCUAGCGACAUCAGUAUGGUUAAAACUAUGAAGAAUCCUCCAGCUGUUGUAAAAUUAAUUCUGGAAGCAGUGUGUGUAAUGAAAGCGCUAAAGCCGGAACGCAAACCUGACCCGUCCGGCUCUGGAAAGAUGAUCGAGGAUUUCUGGGGCCCCUCUCAGAAAAUGUUGGGUGACAUGAAGUUCUUGGAAUCUCUCAAGAAUUACGAUAAAGACAAUAUUGCGCCCGCAAUCAUGAAGAAAAUUCGGGAAAAAUACAUACCUCACUCGGAUUUUAAUCCUUCUAUCGUACGUACCGUAUCGUCAGCAUGUGAAGGUCUUUGUAAAUGGGUGCGAGCCCUGGAGGUCUAUGAUCGAGUUGCCAAGAAUGUUGCUCCAAAAAAAGAAAAGCUGGCGGCGGCCGAGGCUGAGCUUGCUGUACAAAUGAAGCAACUGAAUUUAAAAAGAGCCGAAUUAAAAGAGGUUGAAGACAAGUUGCAAGCAUUAAAUGAUCAGUUUUCGGCAAUGACGAAGAAAAAGAAUGAUCUUGAGGAUAAUAUCGAUCUUUGCUCCAAAAAACUAGACCGUGCCGAAAAACUGAUUGGUGGACUGGGCGGAGAGAAAGACCGCUGGACGCAGUCUGCAGAUAUACUCUCUGACAAAUAUUCUAAAGUCACAGGGGAUGUAUUGCUCUCAUCUGCCGUCGUUGCUUAUCUUGGACCGUUCACCGUCGACUUUCGAAACGCUUGCAUUGGUGAAUGGAUAAAGUUAUGUCAAGAACGUAAGAUACCUUGUUCUGAAGGAUUUUCAGUGAACUCCACUCUUGGUGACCCUGUUAAAAUACGAGCAUGGCAAAUUGCUGGUCUACCUGUGGACUCUUUUUCAAUUGAUAACGGUAUCAUUGUUGAUAAUGCAAGACGUUGGCCGCUCAUGGUGGAUCCUCAGGGUCAAGCGAAUAAAUGGGUUAAGAACAUGGAGAAGCAAAACAAACUUUCCGUUGUCAAACUUUCUGAUUCCAACUAUGUUCGUAUAUUGGAAAACAGCAUUACGUUUGGUACACCUGUGUUGCUAGAAAAUGUUGGCGAGGAUCUAGAUCCUAUUCUAGAACCUUUGCUUUUGAAACAGACCUUUAAACAGGGGGGAGUGGAGUACAUCAAGUUGGGAGAAAACAGCAUUGAAUAUUCAAAAGAUUUUCGAUUCUACAUAACCACAAGAUUACGUAAUCCACAUUAUCUUCCAGAGAUCUCGGUGAAGGUGACGCUAUUGAACUUCAUGAUUACUCCAUUGGGUCUUGAAGAUCAGUUACUGGGCAUCGUUGCUGCAAAGGAAAAACCACAACUUGAAGAGAAGAAGAACCAGUUGAUUGUGGAGAGCGCAGCCAACAAGAAGCAGCUCCAGGAAAUCGAAGAUAAAAUCCUACAAGUACUCUCAUCAUCAAAGGGCAAUAUUCUUGAAGAUGAGACAGCUAUAACAGUGUUGUCGUCAUCCAAGACUUUGUCAGAGGAAAUUCAGGCAAAGCAGGAAAUUGCUUCAGCGACGGAGAAGGAAAUCGACGAAACACGAAAUGGAUAUCAACCUGUGGCAAAACAUUCUUCAAUAUUGUUCUUUUGUAUCUCAGAACUGGCUAAUAUUGAACCUAUGUACCAGUAUUCACUCACGUGGUUUAUUAAUCUAUAUAUUCAGUCCAUUAACAAGAGCAAGCGAUCAAAUGAACUUGAUGAACGUAUUGAUUAUCUCAACGAUCAUUUUACAGAGAGCAUUUAUGUCAACGUUUGUCGUUCGUUGUUUGAGAAAGAUAAACUGCUCUUUUCUUUCGUUCUUACCGUUGGCAUCAUGCAGGGAAGAGGUGACAUUGAUGAUCAAGUCUGGCGCUUUUUGCUUACUGGAGGAGUGGCUCUAGAUAAUCCUUAUCCCAACCCGUGUCCUGAUUGGCUCAUCGAUAAAUCAUGGUCAGAAAUUGUUCGUGCAUCGGACUUGGCCAGUCUCAAAGGAUUGAAAGAUGAUUUUGAUGCCUCCGGAUGGAAGACGUUUUAUGACUCUGCAGCCCCGCAUAACGAAAAAUUUCCUGGCACGUGGAAUGUUCUCUCUGGAUUGGACAGGCUUGUCGUGUUACGUUGUCUUCGUCCUGACAAAAUUGUUCCAGCUGUUCAGGAUUUCAUCGUAGAUAACAUGAGUCGUACGUAUAUAGAGCCACCAACAUUCAAUUUGGAGUUGAGUUAUGGCGACUCACACUGUUGUGCACCGUUGAUUUUUAUCCUCUCCCCCGGUGCUGAUCCAAUGGCAUAUCUUCUCAAGUUUGCUCAGGACUAUGAUAUGGGGGGUGACCGAACACAAACUAUAUCUCUUGGACAAGGACAGGGUCCAAUCGCCGCUCGUAUGAUCGAUGCUGCUCUAAAGAAUGGUACGUGGGUUGUGCUUCAGAACUGUCACCUUGCGACAAGCUGGAUGCCGACUUUGGAGAAAAUUUGUGAAGAAGUCAUUGUUCCCGAAGCGACGCACCCUGAUUUUCGUUUGUGGCUGACGAGUUAUCCAUCGCCAGACUUUCCCGUUUCAAUACUGCAAAACGGUGUAAAAAUGACAAACGAGCCUCCGAAAGGACUGAGAGCAAACAUCCUGAGAUCAUAUUUAAACGAUCCAAUAUCAGAUUCGAGCUUCUUCGAUGCAUGUAGCAAACCUGUAAACUGGCGUAAAUUGUUGUUUGGUUUGUGUUUCUUCCACGCCUUGGUUCAAGAAAGGAGAAAGUUUGGACCUCUAGGUUGGAAUAUUCCAUAUGAAUUCAAUGAAUCCGACCUUCGCAUCAGCAUGCGACAGUUACAGAUGUUUCUCAAUGAUUACGAUCACCCACCUUUGGACGCUCUUAUCUAUCUGUUUGGCGAGUGUAAUUACGGGGGAAGAGUUACAGACGAUAAGGAUCGACGAUUGUUGAUGAGUUUACUCUCAAUAUUUGUCUGCGAGGGUAUGAUUAAUCAAGAUCUUCACCAAUUUUCUCAAAGUGGGACUUACUACUGUCCUAACCAUGGUCCAUAUGAAACAUACCUAGAAUACGUGAGAUCAUUGCCCCUAAAUCCUCAUCCUGAAGUAUUUGGUCUUCACGAAAACGCUGAUAUCACAAAAGAUCAGAAAGAAACAAACGAGCUGUUCGAUUCUAUCCUGUUGACAUUACCGCGACAGUCUGGAGGAGGUGGAAAAUCUUCUGGCGAAAUAAUGGAAGAACUCGCUGCCGAUAUUCUAUCUAAGUUCCCGCCAAGAUUUCAACUGGAUGAAGUCAUUGAAAAGUACCCAGUCCUCUACACGGAAUCCAUGAACACAGUCCUACGUCAAGAGCUAAUCCGGUUCAACCGGCUUACUGAUGUUGUGCGUGCAACGUUGAUCAACUUGCAAAAGGCCAUUAAAGGCCUGGUCGUGAUGUCUUCCGAACUUGAAGAUGUGUUUAACAAUAUGUUAGUGGGUAGAGUCCCCGCUGUUUGGGCUGCUAAAUCUUAUCCAUCUUUAAAACCCCUUGGCAGUUACGUUGCUGAUCUUUUGGAAAGGUUGGCGUUCUUUCAAAAAUGGAUUGAUGACGGAACGCCGAAUGUAUUUUGGAUUUCUGGUUUUUAUUUCACGCAGUCUUUUCUGACAGGUGCUCGUCAAAAUUUUGCCCGUAAGUAUACAAUUCCUAUCGAUUUUGUUGGCUUUGAGUUUGAGAUCACAGAACAUGAAAUGGACAUGAACAGCAAACCUAAAGAUGGCGUUUACGUUAAGGGGUUAUUUUUGGAAGGUGCCAGAUGGGAUCGUCACAAAAGAACAUUGGGAGAAUCGUUCCCCAAGAUACUGUUCGACACCUUGCCUAUUAUGUGGGUGAAACCUGGCGAAAAAUCUAAAUUUCAGAAAAAAGCAACCUAUUUUGCUCCUGUGUAUAAAACAAGUGGUCGAAGAGGAACGCUAUCCACCACCGGGCAUUCUACUAAUUUUGUCAUGUUUGUACAACUUCCCUCACAAGAACCUGAAAGACACUGGAUAAACAGAGGGGUUGCCUUACUUUGUCAAUUAGAUGACUGAACUAUUUCGAAGAACUUAUUUCUUGAAAACCGGUUUUAAAUGGAGAUGUUUUUAUAUACUGUAGAAGGUUUGAGUUUUGUAUUAAUAUUGUAUAUUUUUGUAAAUGUGAAAAAAAAUUAAGUUUUAAGGAUAAAUUGUAUAGUUUAUGUAUCAAAGUGUGAAGUAUUUCUCUUAAAAGUUAAAAUAUACAUACAUCUCAUGUUUUUCUUAAGGUGGUCAUCACCUCUUAUAAA